GCAGAUCCUAAUUCUACAGACAGCCUGUUUUAGGAGUGAUGUUGGGGCACUCACGUGGAAGCCAACCCUGCAGACCAAGCAUGGCAGGGCUCAAGGUCUUCACCCCCCUGGGAAUGGGAGGUUCUCUGCAGCCUACAGAAGAGCCUUCCUGAGACCUGGGCUGUACCUCCUUUUUUUCCAGUAUAAUUGACAGAUGAAAAACUGGAUAUAAAACAGACCUAAGCUAAAAGGCCUGCUAAGAUGCCUGUCAUGGUGGAGGACAUCAUGAAGCUGCUGUGCUCCAUUUCUGAGGAGAGGAAAAUGAAGGCAGCUGUCAAGCACUCUGGGAAGGGCGCCCUGGUCACAGGGGCUGUGGCCUUCGUUGGUGGUUUGGUUGGUGGCCCACCGGGACUAGCUGUUGGGGGGGCUGUCGGGGGUCUAUUAGGUGCCUGGAUGACAAGUGGACAGUUUAAGCCAAUUCCUCAGAUCCUAAUGGAGCUGCCCCCUGCCGAACAGCGGAGGCUCUUUAACGAAGCCACUGCCAUUGUCAGGCACCUGGAGUGGACAGAUGCCGUGCAGCUGACCGCACUGGUCAUGGGCAGCAGUGCCCUGCAGCAGCAGCUGCUGGCGAUGCUGGUCAACUAUGUCACCAAGGAGCUGCAGGCCGAAGUACAGUACGACGACUAGGCUACUGCCCCAGGGAAGUGGGGCUUUUGUGUAGCAGAUUCUGUGACUCCUAGAAGAUGACGGAGAGUUGGGGGAAGCCCAGUAGGUUUCCCUGAGAAAUCUACACAUCAUCAAAGUAUUACCUUAAACUGGAGUGGAAUCUCCUGCUGGAGAGGCUACUACUAUGUUGCAUCAUGUUCCAGUAAUUAUUUAUGAAGAAGUUAUGUUUUUGCGGUCAUGUGCUCUAAUGAGCACUGACAGCCUUUGAUUGGGAAGCCUGUGAAAAGCAAAGGCAUGCGUGUUGCAGGCCUCAGCGGCAGUUUUCUGAAUCCUCUCUCGCCAGCAUGGGAGUCUGGAGGAAGUUAUCAUGUUCGUCUUUCUGACUACCCUUCAUUCUCCCCUGGUGGGGCCUUCUCAUCUCGUGGAGAUGAGUUGUCUUCCAAGCACCUGUUGUAGGACUGGAUCCCCCCUCUUCGGCUCCAGAGUCUUAGGAUCUGAGAGCUGGCUCAUGCUGGAAUCGUAAUUACCUCCUGAGUGUGUGCCUUCCCUGCCCAGUGACUUCUAAGUUGCCUCAUGGAGGGGGACAGUCGGCCUGUUGAGCCAAACUACAAUGCCAAGUGCACUGGCCUCUUCUCCCAUGAGCUGUUUCUUCCUCCCAGGGUCUUGCUUUCCUCACCAGAAAAGUCAUGGUAGUUCUUGAGUUAUGCUUUUUACAUGAAGUAUUUUCAGUAAAAAGUAUUGCUUUUUCUGAAGUGAUGGAAUUACAAACCAAGUCAAAGAAAUGUUUCCACCCUAAAGAUUCCCCUAAUACUGUAUGCACUUUGCUUUCUGAACUACAACUUGAGUGAGUGUCAUCAAAUUACAAUAAAUUUUUUUCUGAAAAGUCUUUUCCCACA